AUGGAAGUAGAGGAAGGUGAGCGGUUACUGUUUCUGGACGUUGACGUGAUUCGUUCUAAUAGAACACUAGAAAAGAACUUGUUCAGAAAGAAGUCCUAUGCUGAGAUAAUACUAAAUUUCCGGUCCCAUCACAAUUACAGGCUAAAGAUUGGAAUAAUGAGGAGCAUAAUCUUCCAAAGCCUACGCCUAACGGAUGCAGAUUUCUGGGACGAGGAGCUGGACAAAGUGACUAGGAUCUUCCUCGGCAAUGGCUACCCAAACAAAGUGACACAAAGAAACAUACGGGCCCUUGACGCUAGCUCAAAUACACCCACUCAUUGUUCCAAUUCAACUGGGCUUAAAGGAGCCAUCACCAAAACGUUGCCUGUCGCAGAUCCGGUCGCUGAAAGUACUGAUGCCCUAACCGAGAAUGAUGGAGCUUCUUCACCCGGCUUUUAUCAAAUUCACGUGAAGCCUAUUUUUGAUGCUGAAGGUCGAAUGAGUGCCUGCGUUAUUUUUCUGUCGCGCGAUCCAAACUCUCUUCUGUCGAUUUCGCUUACGGAAAAUGAUAUACUGCCGUUAAAUGUAAAAUAUGUGGUCCUCACUGUCAGGUUGUUCAGUCGUGUUAACGAUUCCUUCCGUAUCCGUUCUGUCUCCAGAAUGUCCUCUAAUCGCUCCAAUAUCGCCAGCAUGGCGCUUACUGCCUUCUCGCCUGAGAUGUUUGUGUACAUGGAUUGUACAUCGAAGCUCACCAACAGUUCCUACCCCACCAACCCAAGGUUCUGGAUCCUUUGA